AUGAUCGAACCAACAGAGAGUGAGGACAAAGCAGAAUUGGAUCGGUACUGUGAGUCUUUAAUUGCAAUCAAACAAGAAAUAGAGCAAAUAGCUAAAGGACAACUACACGUUGAUCUCUACAAAAAUGCCCCACACACCCAAGCAGUUUUGAUGGCCGACAUUUGGGACAGACCUUACAGUCGAGAACAAGCUGGUUGGCCAAAGCCAUGGUGUCUUACUCCAAGAAAGGUAUGGCCAUCCUGUGGAAGAAUUGAUGAUUCUUUUGGUGAUAGAAAUUUAGUAUGCAUGUGUCCUUCAGUUGAAGAAUUGGCACAUCAAUAA